CCUUGCCACCCGCCACCACCACCAUCAUGACAAACCCUGUGACUGACUGACUGACUAACUUCCCCCACUGACCACAGCUCCCCUCUCUGGACAGCUGUAUUCUGACUUCUGCCUAGUCAGGUUGCUCCUCCCUUUCAAUAGUAGAAAGUAAGGGAAAGCCUAGACUCCUAGGUCCUUCCUUCCCUUAGAAGUUGUGCCUCAGUAUUUAUGUGAUUUCAUCUCAAGGCUGUGAAAACAUCCCUCAGUUCUUAGAUCAGUUGAGAGUGCCAGAACAUCAGAAAGGGAGAUUCCUGUUUGUGCUAAUAGUGUAGUAUUCAUGAAACCACCCUGUUUGGAAUCUUUGAGGUUGCGUGUACUGGGAAAGUGCAGUGAAUAUAGAGGAAACCCAGAGAGCUGGCAGUAGUGAGAAGGGGAGGAACUUCUUUCUUGGACGCUAGUGCUGUUGGGAAGUUCCUUGUGUCUGGUUGGCUGAUGAAGCUUGGGAGUGGAAGUGCUGAAGAGGGAGGAGAGAACAGGUCACCGCAUGAGGGGAGAAGGGAGGGAGGCCCGGCCCUAUCGACUAUGAGGCAGAGCAGAGCAGGACAUGAUAGGACUUGUGAAGAGGGUGGGGAGACUGGAAAUAGAUUUCUUCAUGGGAUAGAGGGAUACCUGGCACAUAUACCUACAGCCUAUACCCAGAUGAUCUGCGUAAGACACACACGGAGACAUGGCCGUGCCACAUAUGUGCAAACAGAGAUGUUCAUUCAGGAGAACAGUGAUACACAGACAAACCGUGUAUACACAGCCUUUGCCAAGGAUCUCACGGUCAAGUAAUAAAGGAACUGCUAACUGGUUUCUGGGAGGGGUUGAAUCUCAGUAGAGGGGAAUGAGGAGGAACAACGGCAGUGAACUGAAAGAAGAAAUUCCUCUCUGUAGAAAGUCUUGCGGUCCGACCUGCUACAGUUAGUCUCCUAGGACAUAGGUGGUCAAGGCCUUUUUUGUUCUUAGAGAAAAUCUAGGUGUUCAGGGCAAGACAAGGUAAAAGGAAGGGGCAGGGUGGAGGCUUUGUUUGUGAAAAUGAAAAACCACCAUUUCCUCUUCAGUCACUUAAAUGCCCCUCCCCUUACCCUAAACCAAGAGAGAAGGGAGCUUGGUUCAUUUCUGCCACUAUCCUUUGGUCCCCUUCCCAUCCUCUCACCCUCAGUGCUUCUCGCCCCCUUUCUCUCCCCUUUUCUCUCCCUAGGUACCACCAGCCACACUCCUUAACCCUUGACCUCCUGGUUCUGUUCCCUUCUCUGAGAGUCAAACUGUGAGAUCCUUCUGUUUGGAGAAGAUUAGUGCUGGGGUACAGGACUAGAGCCUCCAAGGGAGAGUUGGGAAGAAGUGGGUUCAUCAGGAGGUUUCUCAAGGAUGGGAGAGAUCUCUCAUUAAGCUUUCUUCUCCCUUUGUUUUUUUUUGCUAAUCCAGGGUUCCAAGUCUGAGGAGGACAACCUUGUGCCUGACUGCUCCACCCUGCCGCCUGGCCCCGGUAGUCUGUCAGGGUCUGAGACGUCAACUUUCACUGAUCAGCUAAGGGCUCCAAGGACUCUGCUUUUUCUAAACCCAUCCAGCUGAGUGAACCCAGGGUAUUGUCACAUCUGGGAGGAGUGAGGAGUGGGCAGCCAGGACACCAGAGCAAGAGCCCUCUGGGGCCUCAGGCAGAGGAGUGAAACUGGAACCAUCAGGGAACAUGAGUGAAUUUUGGCACAAACUGGGCUGCUGUGUGGUGGAGAAACCCCAGCCGAAGAAGAAGAGGAGACGGAUUGACCGGACCAUGAUUGGGGAACCAAUGAAUUUCGUCCAUCUGACUCAUAUUGGGUCUGGAGAGAUGGGGGCCGGAGAUGGACUUGCCAUGACAGGUGCGGUUCAGGAGCAAAUGAGAUCCAAGGGAAACCGAGACAGGUCGUGGAGCCAUUCUCGGGGCUUGUAGCUCCAACAGAAAUGGUUCUGCCGUCUUGAAGCCCCCCACUCAGCCCAGAAGAUAUGCUGCCCCCUCCAGGUCCCUCCUAGAACCAGUGACCCCAGGGCCCCUCUUUUCCCUAUCUAACAGUGCCUCAGGGCUUGGGGGCUGGACUCCCUCAACUCCCUCUGGCUGUAGCCCCUCCUGGCGAUGGGAUCAAGGCAGCAGGACUGACCAUGUGACUACCGGUUGGCCAGAGGAGCUCAGCUGAAGCCUGGACACCCUCAGAUCUGAGAUAGGAGUUCUCGAGAACCUGGGAUCAGUUCUGGUCUCCUGAAUGACGUCUGGGUGCCAGCUGUUAAACUCAUAACCUGGAACUCCUUAAAUGGGAGUAGGUGGGUGAGACUACCAAAGCUGAAGCCGGCUUUGCUGAGAAGCUCCCUACCUCCCUGCGCUUCCCCUCUUCCCCCCUGGAAUGAACUGAAGCAGAUAGCAGGCAGGGGCUGAGAGGGUAAUCGCUGUUUAGUCCACUCUUCUUUCAACUUCAGGCUUUAAGCUCACAGCCCCUCAAUAUCUCUCUGCCAAUACCAGGGUCUUUGUCUCGUUAGGCCUUUAACCCUAUAUUUCUGUAGCUAGCUCCCCAGCAACUUUCCUAUUUUUUAAAUUAAAUUAAUUUAAGAUGCAUUUUCUGAAUUGCCCCAUGCUACUACUACCUCUGUCCUUAACCCCAACUCUGUCAGGAGCCUUAGUUUCCCACUGAAUGAGAGUUAAGAGGUGGGUCUUAGCCUAAUGAUGUUCCUUUCACCCAUUGAAGUCCUGGGGACCUGGCCAGCCCUUUGCCAACCUCCCUGCUGGCCCAGGUGAGGGGAGGAAGGGUCUGGAGAGAAACCCAGAAUACAGCCCAACUAGGACUUCUGUCUCAGGGAGGACUUCCUGGCCACUGAGGAUGGGAGGGGUGGUGAGAACAAGCAUCUGUAAGUUGAGCUGUCUGAAGAUCCUCACGGCAUGAGAGCAGGGACAGGCUCUAGAGCCACGUUUCUCAGUGUAGGCACUUUGGACAUUUUGGGCUGGAUAAUUUCUAGUGGGGGGCUGUCGUCUGUCCUGUGCAUGGUAGCAUCCCUGGCCCACCCUCACUGUGACAGCCAAAAAUGUCUCCAGACAUUUCCAAAUGUCCCCUGGGGGCAAAAACUGCCCCCAGUUGAGAACCACAGCUCUAGAGUCGAGGUAUUUUUUUCUUAAGUGAUUUCCACACCCCCACCCCACUCCCAGCCCCUUAUUCAUCAUAAGGCUGAGCCACGGAUGAGCUAGGACCUCUUCUAAAGCAGGGCCAGUAGGGCUGCACGUGUCUCCAAAUGAUUUUUUAUUCGGUGUGUUGUGUGUGCUUACAUGGCUUCAUGUCUCAUGGAGUGUGGAGACACGAACAGGGUGUGGGGGAAUUGGGGGAGGGGAAGAAAAAAACAAUAGUGCUAUAGACACCCCAGCUUGUCCCCCUCAAAUUUAAGCUCUAUUUCUGUGCCCUAGUUCUAGAACCAGACACGGAUAAGACUCAGGGAGUUUUGUCUGAAGACCAGGUCCCACUUCCCACCUGGCUGAAGAGUCUGCUUUAGGUGGGAAAGCCAUGUAGAAGGGUCUGUCAGCUGCUGCUUUCAGUGUUUUUCAGGUGUUCUUUGUUCUGGCUCCUUCCUUGCAGGGUGAUUAGGAAGGCAGAACGAGACAAAUGAGCUCCUGUGUACUGAGACAAGAAGGUGGGUCUCUCAUUAGCUCUGUAAUAGGAAGCGUCCUGUUUUGUAGUGGGGUCAGGAAUGUGGGAACUGGGAUCCACUUUGCUGAUUCCAUCAUUUAUCCAGUUGGCCCCCACCUACAGUGACUGAGGUUUUAACUGUGUUAUUUCCUGCAGUUCUUCAGGGCCUAGAAUUGGUCACAGAGAUCCAUUCCCAGUUUGCUCUCAGUUUCAGUCAAGCUGGACACUCUGAAAGUAGCUCAGUAGCUUGAGAGUUGCGUUAGAUCCGAUGGGUUAAUGGGACAGGGUAGAAAGGCGGAGGCCUUCUGGAUUCUCUGGCCAUUUUCAUCGUCAGCCUCAUUCCAAUACCUGUUCUCUGGACACAGUCUUGUCUUGCCUUUGGUGCUCUCUUGCCUUUAGCUACCUUCUCUAAUGUGUAUGCUACCAUCACGUCAGCAGUUUUUAGGGUGAUGGGAAUGGGUUUGAGAGUCAUAAUUUAUAUUAAAAAUUGUUGGACUUUUAAAAACAUUUUUCAAAUAAAAAAAUUUUAAGCAAAA